GCGCUGGCAACGUUGUCUUAUGUCAGGAAAUGUCAACUUAAAUACGAUACACAGCAUUGGAGAUGAAGACAGCAGCGAUUAAUCACAGUUAUUUUUGUGGAAUUUUUGUGCAGUUCCCAUGUUUAUUUGCACAAAUUACGUGCUAAAAAUCCCGUGAAACGAUUCCGGAUAGUUUCCGCGUGCGAUUAAGGACCUCGAACUGUUAUUUCGGCCCUGUGAAGUGAUCGAAAAACUAAUCGAUUGUGCGGUCAUCACAUUACCAACUAGUCCGCCAUUUUUAUUCAUUGUAGAUUGUAUAGACAUAAGACUAUUUUUAGCUUAUUGAAAAUUUGUGUAUUAAUGGUUUGUUUUUAAAGGGACUUUGCCCCAUUAUUGGGGCUUAUCAAAAUAGGUUCAAACAUGAAUCAAGACACUGGCUGGUUCAAUAGCUACGACAAAUGCGGUCCGGAUCAAAGAAACCACCCGCCUCCUAGAUAUAACAACGCAGCUACUAUGCCCCAGCCACCCAGAUGGGAUCCCUUGUGUCUGCCUCCCCCUGUGGGAAUCGGUCACAAUAUACAGUCACUACAUCCUUAUGCAGGUGGUUUUGUUCCCAAUCAAUUCCAUCCGGCUUAUACCCCGCGUCCCAUGGGUUCCUAUCAAACAUACAUGCAACCAAAACCAAGUUAUAACAACUACAGAAAUAAUCAGAAUCCAAGAAUGAGGCAGGGAAAUAAUAGAUGGCAGAGGAGGAACGGGCAAGAUAGGUCAAGGAAUAAUUAUCAACAUUCUAAUCCGGGUCCAAGUAAACAAGAGCCACAAAUACAAGAAAUUGAGCAAACAAUACCACCUCCUGUUGAAACUCAGUUGGACAAAAGGCCUGCAACUACUGUCUCACCAGCGUCAGUUCAUAUUAUUGAAGAUAAUAAUGACAAUGUUGGGGCUGACAAACGUAAAAUAAAAGAGGAAGAUAAGAAGCUUUUAAUGGAAUGUAUCGAUUUGAGUGCAGAAACUGAUUCUCCUGAAGAAGCUCUAAAUAGAUUUGAAUUUGAAUCCAGAACCAAAAUCUUGGACAAACUUUGUGGUACUACUGAUGAAGCCAAGUUUAUAGAAGGCUUGAAACAAUUUAAAAUGAUCUUGAAAGAUCAAAUGUGUGGAAUUCGUUUGAAGAAUCAAUUAUCUAAAAUGUUAUUGAAAUAUAUUUUAUUUUUGGGUAUGAACUACAAAUCUCUAGCCAGCGGGUUUAUAGAAGAGUACCUGGAUCUUAUGGAAGACAUUAUCGCCAUGUUCUGUCAAGUAGUCACAGAUAUUAUUAAUCUGCGAUUAGCUGAUAACAAACGUACAUUAAAUGACGUUUUUGCUUCUCAAAUUAAACAACUAAUUUCAUGUGCUCUGCUCUGCCGACUGGAUAGCAUAAUGCAUUGUUUGUUCAAAGUACACAUUCCUCCUCUUUUGAAAGAUCACAGUGCAUUAUGGACUGAUGUAUUUUUAUAUUUUUUGAGAAAAUCUAAAUUUGAUCCUAAACAUGAUGAUCUACUUAGGCUAUUCAUUGCCUGGAAACGAUUAUUAUCUGUUAGGGCCUCAAAAGAUGCUGAAAUAAUCAAUGGAUAUAUGUUUGAGUGUUUAAAGAAAACCCCUGAGGAACUUAAAUCAAUACCAUACUUGAAAGAAUUCAUGGAAAAUUACCAUGAUAAUCCUAGAUGUAAUUGGCAAGAAAUGCUAAGUAAAUAUUGGAAAUGGUGGAAGGAAGAAAGGCCUGAACAACUUUGGGCAGGAUUAGAGGAACCUACUUACAUACAACUACAUGGGACAUUUAAUUUAGAAUAUCAACCUACAAAUAAUGUUUUCACAAAUCAUUCAAAAACUCAAGAUGAUGAAUUUAGUAAGUUGUUUGAAGAUAGACUUACAGGUAAAACUCUUGGACUGACACAGCUUGGCAGAAGAAUGCCUUAUGGAAGGCAAAACAACCUAUUUUGUCAAAGUACUUCUGGUAAUAUUUUUGAUGAAGCCACCUGUAUCAAUAUUGAUUUUGACUAUUAUGAUGAUAAUGAUUUGAUUAUAGCAGAACCAAAAGUUGUAGAGACUGUUGUAGUUGACUCAGAUGAUGAUGAUGAUGAUGUGGUCUUUAUUGAAGAAGAAUCAACUGCUAAAGAAGUAGUUGAAAAAACUACUGAUGCAGUAGAAGAAUUAAAUAUUAAUGAUCUCAAUGAAAAUAUUUUUGAAGAUGACUCAAAUAAGGUUGAUGAAGAACUAAUACUUAAUUCUAAAACCAGCUUGGAGGUUGAAGUACAACCUGAUAAUGAAGCAUCUGAAAAUAACCCCAAAGAAACUGAUGACAGUAAAAGUAAUGUUGCUGUUGAAGAGAUAAUCUCAAAUUACCACGAAGCAUCUAAAAAUAACCCCAAAGAAACUGCUGAAAGCAAAAAUAAUGUUGUUGUUGAAGAAAUAUGUGAUAACUUCAUCAAAAAUUACCCAGAAGAUAUAGAUGACGAUGAUGAUUCAGUAGAUUUUCCUGAGAUAAUAAUUGAAUCUGAAAGAAAUCAAGAUAAUUUGCCUUCCAAUGCAAUGACUUUGGAUGAAAUCUUUGAUGAAUGGGAAGAAACAUUUGAUGAUAUAGGCCCAGAAAUGGAAAGAAAUGAAGAUAGAACAUUAAUGUUUGCUGAUCCAUUGAAUGAAGGAGAAGGAAAUGACCCAUUUAAAUCGCCUUUGCAUUCACCUGAAGAAUGCAAUGAUAAAGAUAAUACUGAAAAAACUUGUGAUGAAUUUAGUAAGACUGAAACUGUAUCCUCUCAAAAAGAAAUAGUACCUGAAAAACGUACAGAUUCAAUACCAGAUGACAUAGAGGAACUUCCUAAUCAACAACAGGAAUUAGAAAGUAUUGCAAAAACACCUGUUAGUACUAAUCAGCAACAAGAAACUAUUGCAGAAACAUCCGCUAGUAGCAAACACAAUGGUUUACUAAGCAUAUUAUGCAUGCAGGAUUUAAGACAAGUUUUAAAUGAAAUGGAACAAGACGAUAGAAAAUUACAGGAAAAAUUAAAUGAAGAGAAAAAUGUAUGUUUGACAGAGGUUCCUGCAGCAAUAGAAGAGAAUGUCAUUGAACAACAACUAACAGACGAGGAAGAUAAUUUAGACAAAAGUCACAAUUAUGCGGCAAUCGUUCAAGCAGCGUGCUCAGAUGAUGACAAUAAUGAAUUCGCUUCUAAGGGGUUGAAUUUAUUUGAACAUCAAUCUGAUGCAACUAAUGAUUCUGAUGAAAUCAGCUCGCCGCCGUUUGAGCCUUUGGAUAGUAAUGAAGCACAUGUUGAUUCUGAAAAUGAAUCAUUUGAAAAAGAAAGGCGAUUUGAAGCAAUUGGUGAAACAUUGGCAACUGCUUCAACAGAACCUGUAAUAAGUCCUGCUGUUAGUGGAACAUUGGCAACCGCUUCAACAGAACCUUGCCAGCCAGAUACAAAUGAAUCUUGCCAAACAGUAAUUAAAGAUGACGAGGUUUUGAAUGAGACAUCAACAAAAUUGGCUGGAGCAGAAAGUACUUCAACUACUGCAAUUAAUUUGGCAUCUCCUUGCGGCGAUAAUAGUGACAAUAUUACAAUUCACUGUCGAUUUGUUUUGAAGCAAGAAGUGCAGCCAGACUUUGCGGCAAUGCAUGAAAAUUAUGAACUAGAAAAAUAUGCAGACUACCCCUUGGAGGUGCCUCAAAGGCCAAAUUCUCCCCCUCAGUCAGGAUCUCAACCAUACAGUCCACCCAGUAUCAGAAUUGGUAACACUGGAAGUGCUUUGGAUGAAACCAGCACCAUGCUUUACACUCCAAUUUUGCAAGAUUCGCACAAAAUUCAACCUGCCAUCGUUCCUGAUGUUUUACCCCAACAAGAUUUGCCUAAUCACAAUGUGGUGCCUCCAGAGCCAAGUGUUGAAAACAAACUUGUUGAUACAAUUAAAAUUUUAAAAGUGCACAAUGUAGUUGAAACGCCUUCGUCCAGUUCGUUUGGCAAGGAAUCUGACGAUACUUACAUUGUUGUUCGCAAUUCUCAAACAACUGAAGCAGAAACGCCAGAAAAACCAAAGAAAAGGAGCAGAAAGAGUAGCACUACAAAAGACGGUGUCAAAUCUAAAAAGAGGGAGUCAGAUUCCAGCAGAGUUAGAAAAUCCAGCAGAGCGCUUCAAGACGGUGUCAAAAAGGCCAGCAAAGAAAAGUUGAUGAAGCCUCUGUCGCCUCAAGACAAUGGCCUGUUUGAGUAUGCUUUUGAGGGACCUACUGGGAAGCCUUUAUGGAAUACGACACCAAAUAUGCUGUGGGAUGACAGUGAGGAUCAUCCUGAAGCUCAGAAGACUACUGUAUUGGUCAAAUCUGAUAAGCAGUUGGUGUCGAUUUUGAAGAAACCCAAACUAGACAAGCAAAUCAAGGACUAUAAUCAGCCUCGGCUUUUUAUAAGAUUAUCAACUAAGGAUCGUUUAUCCGAUAACUACGACAUUCGUGCCAAAGAAAUAAUCGAAGAUUUAAAAAAGCAAAAUAAUAUAAAAAACGCUGCGGAAGAACGCGCCCGCGAAAUGGCACGCUUGAUGAUGAUGAAAGCGCAACAAGACAAGCACGAUUUCGGCAGCAUUUUACGGUGUAAUUUUCACGAAGUGGACGAGUAUAAGCGGGUCUUUUCAAAGCCAAGGGAGACGCGCAAAGUUACAUUUGAAGGAGUCACUGCCGAGCACAGCUACCAAAGCUACUGGAACGGUGAACAAACACCCGAAAAAAGAAAAAGAGAUUCCUAUUUAUUGGACGAGAGGCCUGUUAAAAAAACUCGCAUAAAGAUUUGUGCCAAUCCUAUGGAAGAGAGAGUCGGGCAUUUCCCAAUUAAAAUGUCAAUUCCUCAUAAAACUGUGCACUCUAAAGAACCCAAAGUGGAAAGUACCCCCAGAGGUUUGCUAGCUACAAAGCUAAAUGGAAUUAUUGCUAAAAAGCCUAGUAAGAGCCUCAGCUUUUCCAACUUCACAGAGGAAAUUCCUGUACGGUUACCAAUAAUACCUAAUGGAAUUAGUAAUAAAAUCCCUAGUAAGAGUCUCACUUUUACCAGUAAUAACCAAACAAAAGAUGAAACUCCCGCAUCAAUACCAGCAACCAAAAAGCCUAAUAAAAGUAUUUUCCACAUGGAAGAAUCAAUAGUUGAAACUCCUGUGAAAGCUCCAGCUAAUAAAAAGCCUGGCAAGAGCCUCAGCUUUUCCGAAGAAUCUGAAAUAAUUAUUGAAAGUCCUAAACGUCCUAGUAAGAGCUUGGCCUUCUCUGAUAAUAUAAUUGAAAGUGCUGCUCAAACUGCACCAACCAAAAAGUCUUGCAACAGACUUAGCUGGUUCAACACUGGAGUUGAAAUUCCAGCUACAACUAUUGACUUAGUUGAAAGUUCUGAAGAAAUUAAAAAUAGUAUUGAGGAAAUUAAAAUUGAAAGUCCUAUAUCAAUAGAGGCUGUCGAAGAGAGCACGCCUGUAAGAAAAAAACCUGGAAGGCCUCCGGGUGCUAAAAAUAAGCGCUUCAGCUUCACUAACAUAAAGCCUAGAGUUAGAAGGUCUGCAAUGUGUAACCAAGACCUUAGCUUGUCCAUAAAGGAAUCUGAAGUUGCUAACGGAAUCUGUAUUAAUAAAGAACCAAUUGCACUUAAACCAAAAACAUCUAGGAGAAGAAAUAGGACUCAAAAUUUGGCUCAAUUAAGAGACAAAACAACAGGCAAUGAUUCUUGCGAUGUUACAGAAAGCAAACCGGGACGUAGAAGAAAAGCGAAUAAUUUUUGAUUGAACAUGUUAGACAUAUUUAAUUGUGAUAAAAUAAAUUAUUAUUGGUUUAUUUAGAUUGCCAUAUUAAUACA